AUGUCCGACGACGAUGAGUACUAUGAAUUUGAGGACGAAUACAUGUACGAGGAUUUAGUCCCAGACAUGGUCGACGACCUCGCCGCUUCCUCACACUACGAAGCCGCGCUAUAUGAAGACCCAGGGAUCGACGUCGAAGAAUACUUCAGUGACUGGGACUAUUAUUCAGACGAUUACCACGAUGAUGACGCAACGGUCGAACAAAGCGCAGAGAGAAAGAAAAGAACCGAGAUCGCAGCGACAACAUCACGACGAACGAAGACACCUUCCCGCCCAAAAGGCCACAUCGCCCGAAUCCCGCCGACGAAAUCCACCCUGAUGCCGGAUGUCGCCUCCUUCCAGGGCGUGGUGUGGAAAACACCCGCGCUGGACCGGGACCAGGAUGUCGCCAUUUUGUACGAACCGGACACGGGCGAGAAAGUCGCGCUUCUAGAGAACUGGCGGGAAGUCUUCAAAUUUUCCCAGCCGGCACUGGAUAGGUCGCGGUUGAAAGGGCGACACGUGGUUGAAUCUAAGCCCGUCGAUUCGUCGCUAGCUGACGAUGAAUCUGAUGGCGCGGACGACGAGUCUGAUAGCGAGGACGAGAUGUCGGAUGAUGUCUCGUCGAAUGCCUCGGGUGUUGAUGAUGGGGAUGCUGGGGAUGCGUCGAAUACAACUUCGGACCCGGACCCGGACUCUUUCCGCUCGCUGAAACUGUCUUCGCCGCCGAAGGUCGUGAUUCCGUUGAAGAGGGGGUGGAAGCGGAAGGCGGUUGCGCUGAAGGAUGACACUGACGAUCAAUCGGCGUUGCCUCCACAGAAGAGGGUUGAGGUGCGGAAGGGCGGUGAUGACAGGGCUACAAAGUGUGGUGCGACACCGCCGAUACGCAGGUCGACCAGGCAGAAGAACUAG